GAUUUAGCUCGGAAACUGUCUAGAAUUUGUGGCUCCCGAGUCAGCUGUUUCAUAAGAAAAUUAGCCUGGUGUUGAGCCAAGAUGGCGACCUAGGAAGCGCUAGUUUCCAUUUUAAUUGAGAGCAGGGGGGCGGGUCUAAAACUGCAUCACAGCUGAUCUGGAGGUUUUUCCCCCCCUUAAGUUGUUUUUUGCAGAGAACAGCUUUGCAGAGAUUCACAGAGGGAACGCUCUCUUGUUUUCUUUCACUAUGUCUUGUUAUUUUUAACCUAGCGGGGUUUUUUAAAAACUAGACUAAAUUGCCUUCAACACAAUGUUAGAUUUAAACCCCAGCGCAUUUUCAUUAUGCCACCUCUUUUCAGAAUAAACUCCUUUUAUCGCAAUUUUUCGCAUACCCUCGUCUUUUUGUCAUCCACGAUGAGUUUAGCCCAGGUCUGACCCAGGUUUAGUGUUUUUGCCUUCACAGCAUCCCAUGUGUUAGUGCGAGACGUCAGUGGCUAUGUUUUCGGCAGGAGAGGAGGUUAAUUCCCAUUUGUUUACCUCACUGAAGGAGUACCAUGGAGCUGCGAUCUCCCCAACACUGGAGCUCAGUCUAACUACCAUCUACACCGUCCUCUACUCUUUCCUGUUUGUUUUCGUUUACCUGCAGCUCUGGCUCAUUUUGCACUACGGACACAAGCGCUUCAGCUACCAGAGUGUGUUUUUGUUUCUGUGUUUGCUGUGGGCAGCGCUGAGGACGACCCUUUUCUCUUUCUACUUUAAAAAUGUGCUGCAGGCCAACCAGCUGCAGCCUCUGGCCUACUGGCUGCUCUACUGCUGCCCCGUCUGCCUGCAGUUCUUCACACUCUGCCUACUCAACCUCUACUUCACACAGGUGAUGUUUAAGGCUAAAGCCAAGUAUUCCCCAGAGCUCACCAAAUACAAGGUUCCUCUGCGUUUGUUCUUCUUGUGUCUCAGUGUAUUUUUCCUGGUGGUAAAUCUAACAUGUGCAUUGUUAGUGCAAGGAGCUCUGGAGCGCUCUGAGUCACCAAGUGAUGGGGGUAUCAGACAUGCAGUCCUGGCCCGGGUCUUGAUCAACGACACUCUGUUUGUCCUGUGUGCUGUCUCUCUGGCCGUCUGCAUCUUCAAGAUCGCCAAGAUGUCCUCUGCCAGCGUUUACCUUGAAUCCAAGGGUACAUCAGUGUGCCAAGCAACAGCAAUAGGAGCUGUGGUGAUUUUGCUCUACACAUCCAGAGCCUGUUACAACCUGGUGGUGGUGGCACUGUCACCACAGGACAGACCCAGUCCCUUCAACUACGGCUGGUACAGCGUUUCUGAUCAGGCCGAUGUGCAGGAGAUCAGCGGUGAAGCCUACAUUGUGUUUGGAAUCAUUCUGUUCUUCUGGGAGCUGCUACCUACAAGCUUAGUGGUGGUUUUCUUCAGAGUCCAGAGACCCAACCAAAACCUGGCUCCGGGAGGGAUGAUCAACAGCCACAGUUUCAGCUCCAGAGCUUAUUUCUUUGACAACCCUCGACGGUACGAUAGUGAUGAUGACCUGUCCAGAAGCAUUAAUUGUAGGACUGAUCGGGCCAGUCUCCUCUCCACCGCUCCCCAGCUUGGUACGUCUAGUUGGUAUGGCUCCAUCCAACGCAACGGGCCCCUGACAGCGGGUGUUGCGUCCGCGCAGCAACAGCCGUCUUCCACGGCCCCCCUCCUCUUUGCCUACGGAAACAUCCAGAGUAACCAUCACCACCAUCACAACUACUACUCCACCCCGCAGAACAACAACUACCACCAUCAUCAUCACAGUAACUACUAUUCCACGCCACAGAAUUAUUACUGUGGGUCGCAAACGUAUUUCUGCACCCCACAGAAUUAAACAGGGUUCAUUGCAAAGAUUGAAAACGACUGGCUAAUAACUAACAAUUCCUGCGUUUUUGUCACCAUUUUGCUUCCCCAGAUACAUCAAAGCAGGUACUUUUGAGUGAUAUUCUGAGGUAUUGCUCUGGACCAGGUUGGGCCUCGAAAUUGGUUCACCAAAUUAUUCCAGAGAAAUGGUGUGGCAUCAACAACUGGAAAGUUGUUGUGCCAUGACUAACUGCUUUUUUUAGGGCUUCAGAGUCUUUAAAUGGCAUGUAUGGACCACUAUGAAAGUAAAUGCAGACUAUGGACCAGAGUUUUAGCACUAAUACGGCUAAUACACCUAAAACUGCAAAGACCAAACUUUUUCUGUUAAAUGUUUUGGUUAGAUUAUCAUUUUUGAGAUUGGAAUUAUCCGGGAACAGAUAAUCAUCGCUCUCAUCAUCCUAUCCCUCCUUUCCUUGUAAAUUUCAUCCAAUUGUGCUUCUAUGAAACGUACCAUUCUGCUCAGACAGGAGCCAUGUAGGAGGCUUAUCAAGCUAACGUGGCUAAUUCCGAAGCUGCAUUGGUCUGUCAAUCAACAACUCUGGAUGCAGAGACAUUACAUUCACUCAGCAUUUGUCAAACUAUUAUUUGGGUUGCCAAAAAUGGGUUGUGUGACUGGGCAACCAUAUGAUACAAUCUUUUUAAUUAGCAUGAAAAAGGGUAAUUUAAGCUGAAAAAGAACAGUGAUGGAUGCUGGUCUGCUAGCCAGAUCCUCGAUCCUCAAAAAGGCUUUUCUGAUGAUGAAAACCAAAUGAUAUGCAUCUAAGGGCGUGUCAUGGUCUUUCUCACUUUUAGGUCUAGUUGCGUAUGACAGGAGUUAGCUGUUGCUAAUUUGCCAUUGGUUGUUGUAGCAGUGAGAGCUAGCUUAUAGCCAACGCUAACAGUUAGCUUAAACUCAUAAUCUGUUUAACCAAGAAAAUUCUCAGACUCAAACUGAAGUACAAUAAGCUAAUCAAACUUCUAUCCAUGACAAACUUGGUAAUAUUAUCUUGUUGGUGGCAAAUUAUUAUUUUUUCAAAGAGUGAUUGUUCAUUUAGGUGCCACAGAAAUAGAAAGCUGUACAAACACCGUUAGCGAGCUUAAGACUUUAUCCUGUCAACACAGUUCUACUUUACUGGAUUCUUGUUUAGUUUGACAUGUAAAAUAAGCUUUUAGCAAUUUUCAUAACUGACUGUAAUCAAAAUACUAGUUAAUUUAUCUCACAAAUAUCAUCCAUGUAAACUGCUUACAACUGCAAAAUACAUGUGAAAUUUAUAUGUAGCUGCCAUAUGGGUGUUGUUGUCAAUCUUGGCUUGGUCAAUAUAUAAGUGUGUAAAAAAUGUAACAACAAUUUUUUAUUAACACAAUUAGGGGGGGAGGAACAGUUUCAACAGAUGACUCAGGCUUUAACUAAAUCUGCUUAAAUACAAGAACAUGCCACUGCUAUUGGAUAAAAAUAUUUAACAGCAGCCAAAUCCAGGUUUCCUUACCCACAAUUAUACAAUGGAAACUAUGUGAAAACCUAAGACAGGAGCGCCAUACACUGUCAAGCUGUUGAAUGUUAAGAACAUAUCGUAGAUUUACUUGGCAGUAGCAUUAUCAGUAUCAUUUGGACAAUAUACGACAGAUCAAAGUAACAAUAUGUAAUCUACAUUCAACAUUGGAGUAGAAAUCAGCCCUAGGAUUGUUCAUUAACAGGGUGGAAGUGUCUCUGAAAUGUAUUUUUGACCAAAAACCUUUCAUGGAAUCUGAUCCUUUGGGAGCUUUGAGGCAACAAUUUGCACUUAGAAGACGGUCACCUUCAGAGAAAAGACUUUGGGCCUGAAUGUAGGAUUUCAUCUCCUACUUGUUUUAUGGAUUUUCUUCAAUAAUCGUCUGUAUUCUAUAUUUUACUAUUUGUCCUUUGAGAAAGGAAAUAUCAGUGUGCCAUCACAUUUUGUCAUAUCUAAUAGUUUCAUUCUUUAAGGAAAAUAUUUUUGCACAAUAAAUGGUUGGAUGAUGUAUGGUUUUGAUUGUUUGUGUGUCUCCAAGUUAAUCGAUUUCUAAUCCGUGUGUGAAGUGACAUUUUGAGUCGGUAUGUGUGUGAUCUUUUUGGUUUUGAAGUUUAAUAUGCUUUUAUACAUCAUCUUUUUAUUUUACAUUGAUUUUUGUUGUUUAACAGAUUUUAUAUUAGAUUUUUUUUUCCCCACUUCCCCUCUCUGCUAUCGUUAUUCAUAAUCUCAUGAAUUAUCUGAAUCUCAUGACAGACUGCACCCUAUAAGCAAUAUUUCACUUUGAUGGAACAUUUUCAUAUAUGAACCAGUUCUCAGACCAAAAUCAGUGUAUGUACUAACUAAGUUUGUCAGGACUGAAUGGAACAACCCUACCCAACACUGUGGUACUUGUAGCUGUAAUGAAACGCAAUCUGUAAAUGACAAUGUAAACUUUGACAUCAUACAAGAAAACGAAAAAGCAUGACUUGUAUCAACAAGUUUCACAGGACAAUACAAUGAAGUUGUCAGUGUUGGGUCCAGCUGUUCACCUAUUUCCGAAAAAUGAACAUCUACAGUGCAUGCUUCUGCAUCAGAGUGCAAGAACUCAGUGUCAUUUUCUUUCCAAGGUGAUAUCGUUUGUGUAAAAAUGUUAUUUGCUUCAAAAGAGCAGUGAUACUUGUUUUAUGGAUUGUUUUCUCCGUGGCCAUACUGAAUGUAACCUACCGUGCAACAGAUCACUGAUGAUGUAUGCAAGAAAAGCACUACCAUGUUUAAAUAAAGGCCUACUGCACUGUUUUUAAGACAAAA